AUGUCUGCUAUACGAAAAUGGUUUAUACUAUUCAUCGUAGCGUUGCAGGGUUUCCUCGGUCCACUCAGCAGUUCGAUUUAUGCAAGUUGUAUUGAUUCAAUUGUGUUACGGCGUUCUCUCGGUGCAUCGAGCACGUUGAUCAAUGCCACCAUCUCAUUGUAUGUGUUUACUCAGGGGAUUGCCCCAAUGAUGUGGGCAGCACUUUCAGAACGGUACGGACGUCGCUUGAUAUAUCUUGGGGCAACAUCCAUCUACGUAGGGUCUACCAUAGGUUGUGCAUUGUCUCAACGCAUUGGUGUAUUUGUUGUGAUGCGCAUUUUCCAAUCGAUCGGUGCUAGUGCAGCUCAAGCUGUUGGCGCAGGCACUAUCACAGAUCUUUUUCUAGUUCAUGAACGUGGAAACGCAAUGGGCUUAUUCUUUCUUGGUCCUCUUAUCGGUCCGGUAGUUGGACCUAUUGCUGGAGGCUAUAUUAACGAGUAUAUCGGAUGGACCUAUAUCUUUUGGACACUCGCUGGCAUGGGCGGAUUCGUCUUGAUCCUUAUGCUGUUCUUCCUUCCAGAAACCUCAGCACUUGUUCUCGAACGAUGCAAAAUUCGACGGAAACUGCAAGAACGAAGGGAAAAGGCUGUAAACGACAAAAGAAGCCGACAGCAGCAACUAGAUACCAAACCUGUCGUACUCUUGGCAUCGACACCGUAUGCGCUAGCGUACGGGUUCAUGUACUUUGUCAUUUCUAGCUUACCCCAUCAACUCGGAUAUCGAUAUCAGCUGACUAGCUCACAGAUUGGACUCUCCUAUCUUGCAAAUGGUGUUGGAAAUGCAGUGGGCGCCGUGCUCUCUGGCAAACAUGCUGAUUGGUUGCUGCGACGGAAAAAGCAACAGCAAGAAGAACACGGGCAGCAACAGCAGUUGGAGCCAGAGAUACGUCUCUCGGCCAUGUGGAUGGGUAUUCUGUUACUGCCUAUAGGCGAGCUCAUCUAUGGAUGGUGCGUUCAGGCCCAUGUUCACGCAGCUGCGGGUCUUACGGGACUAUUUAUAUUGGGAGUCGGCGUUGGCAUCGUGCAAACACCAAGUAACACUUACCUGGUAGAUGCCUACAAUGGGUACUCUGCAUCUGUCAUUGGUGCGUCCAACUUAUUACGAAGUACGUUCGCAGGAUGUACACCACUGAUGGCUCCAACCAUGUUAAGAUCAAUUGGGAAUGGCUGGUCUAUGACCAUCUUUGCUGUUAUGAGCAUCAUGAGUGGUGGUUGCAUCUACAUUGUGCAAAUGUUUGGUCAACGAUGGCGUACAUUGAACGCAUCAUGA